AUGAGCGAAGUGAUUGUCAUUGGUGUCGUGGCAUUGCAAGGCGCUUUCCAUGAGCAUCUCAAGCUAUUGAAUCUCGCUGCUGCUGACGAGGAUUUGGGUGAGGCAGGGUGGGACUUCAGACAGAUACGCACACCGGAGGAGCUUGAGGCUUGUGAUGCGUUGAUCAUUCCUGGCGGUGAAAGCACCACGAUAUCUUUGGUAGCUGCGCGAUCAAACCUGAUAGAGCCUUUGAGACACUUUGUGAAAGUGGAGCGAAAACCGACAUGGGGUACAUGUGCAGGUCUCAUCUUACUCGCAGAGGCAGCAAAUCGUACUAAAAAGGGCGGACAAGAGUUGAUCGGAGGUCUCGACGUCAGAGUCAAUCGUAACCACUUCGGGAGGCAAGCGGAAAGCUUUGAGACACCUUUGGACUUGCCCUUUCUCAAGGAUGAGAAUUCUAGCACUAAGGACUCGGAAUCAACCCCCAACCCAUUCAAUGGCAUUUUCAUACGAGCGCCAGUCGUAGAGAAGCUCUUGCCAGUAGUACAAGGUGAGCAAUGUGUAGAAGCACUGAGAGACGACACUGUGAUCGCGCCUUCUAAGCAGAAGGGUUCAUCGAGGCAUGUCGUACAACCUGUCGAAGUACUGGCAACCUUACCAGGUCGAACUAAAUCGAUAUCGGAAAACAUCGAUGCGGCUGAAUUAGCGCACCAAGGCGACAUCAUUGUCGUCAGGCAAGGGAAUGUCCUGGGUACUAGCUUUCACCCUGAGCUUACUGGAGAUGCUAGGAUCCAUGUGUGGUGGUUGAAACAGGUCAUGUAUGCCAUACGCUCGAGUUGA